CGCAUCCAUCAUGUCGUUGAUCAAGCACACCCAAAGAGUCCCACACACGCUCACGCACGGUCGUCACCCAUCCACACGCACGGCAUGCACACCUUACAAAGCACACCACACCCGACCGAAGCACUGACUGACCUCAGACAGGAAAAAGGAAUACGUAUGAGGCGUCUGUAUGUAUGUCACAUCUUAAGACGCACUUGAAACCCGCCCAGGAUAUGAAUGUCCCCCGACGCGUCGUAGUGGAAUAUGAUCCAUCCAAGGAGGGGAUGGAUAAACGACCACAGCAUGCUGUGCUUACCUACCUACCUACCUAGCCUACGCACCGCAUUCUCCCUACAUGUAUGUAUCUUGGGUGCGCGUGUGUGUAUUGAUGGCUACGGUACAGGUCGACCGACCGACCGACCGACCACACAUCCACCGCACCGCACCGCACCGUACGAUGGACUUAGGUCACUGGAGAAAAAUCUGCACAAGAAACACACUCACUGGCUCUCAAAAAUCUUAUAAAGGAAAUGAGCCAAUUGACCCACUCACUGCACAAACACAGACAAACACGCCAUCCCCCGUCCUCUCUCCCCGUCUCCUGUGCUUCCUCCCGGGUCGCGAGUAGCCCUGCCGCCAUGCAGAUAAACGGUGCGGCUCCGCUCCAUACACUGUUUAUCAGCAUGACGGUCGAAAGCGUCAUACGAAAGGAAGCCCGGCUGAUGGAUGAAGCGAGUCAUUUAGUCAACAACACGACACCGCGAUGCAUCCCAUCCAUGUAUGUAAGUACUUAGGCAUGCAAUUCACCCCUUUCCCACGCCCGCACCCAUUCAUUCAUCACUCCCCCUCUGCAGCCUCCACGUCAUACACAUCGCCACUCUGUGCGGGCGGCAUGCCGUCGUUUUCCCCGAACUGCUGGUCGAAGAAGGCGAUCUGCUUGAGGUAGUGCUUCUUUUGGUCGGCCGACAGCCAGGAGGCCUCGAUGCUGUUGAUGGCCACCUGCAAGAUCUCGCCACGGGUGAAGCCCAGGUGCGUGGCAGCGGCCUUGUAGGCAGCACCGAUCCCCGCCCAGUAGGCACUGAUGAUCGCCGGACCGCUGCACACACACAUAUAACACACACAUUUGAGCACACACAUGAGCUGCCUGAUGAGGAGUGCUCUUAAGCUGCUCACUUGUAUGGUGGAUCGUCGCUGUUGAGCGUUAUCUUCAGACCUGACAGAGAGAAGGAAAACAAGAGCGUCGCGUCAGCGGGCUGUAAAGAUAUUUAUGUGUGCAGUGGGAUAUACCGGAGUGUAGCAUGUCUCUGGCAGGGUGUUCCUUGAGCGAGGGCACCACUCGGAGCGCGGCGUUGGAUAUGGGGCAGACGGUAAGGGGUAUUUUCUCGCGCACGAGCCGCUCCAGCAGCUGCCGGUCCUUGAUGCACUGGAUGCCGUGGUCAAUCCUCUCGCAACCCAACACCUGCAGCCACCAAUCAAAGCGCCAAUCGAUGGUCUGCCUGCUUGUGUCCAUGUGCCUGCCUUGUAUGUAUGCUCACGUCGAGCGACUCGGUGAUGUUCUGAGCACAGCCCUCCUCCUCGCCUGCCGAUAACACACAGAUGGAUGCACAUCUUUCAUACGCUCGUAAUGCCAUUGACGAUGCGCUGUGUGCAUCUAUCCAAUCAGCUGUGUGCCUACCCUACCAGCGUGUGCAGUGCAUCUGAGGCCCAUGGCCUUGGCCCUCCUGAACACCUCGCGAAACGGUGCGGCAGGGUAGCCGGCCUCGGCGGAGUCGAGGCCAACGCCAGAGAUCCAGGAGGCAUACGGACGGACCUGCAGACAGACAGACCCACACACCCAUGGCAUGGCGUCAAUCAAUCGCUUUGUGGCUUUCCCCUCCCUCAGUCCCUCCCUCUCUGACUGACCUUGUCCAGGCAUGCCAGCGCAUCCCUGGCCUCCUUGUCGCGGUGGAAACACAUGAUGAGCAUGGUGCUGAUGCCGUACUUGCUCUUCCCCUGUUUGAGUCCCUUCCGCAGCCCAUUCAGCACCGUCUCGAGGCUCACCCCUCGCGACAGGUGCGCCUGGGGGUCGAAGGAGAUCUCCGCGUGGCAGACGCCGUCGUUGUAUGCGUUGGCCAUGUAGCACAGGGCCAGCUCCCUGAAGUCGUCCUCCGUCACCAGCACCUUGGUCGCCAGGUAGUACGAGUCGAGGAAAUCCGAGAGGGACGUGAACUGGUAGGCUUUGUAGGCCUCCUCGAUGCUGGCGAAGGGCAGCCUCACCCUGUUCUUGGCAGCCAGCCGGAACAGCAGCUCCAGGGAGAGGCAGCCCUCGAUGUGCACCUGGUCAGAUCCACGCACACACACACACACACACACGUGACGCACAAAGGUGCAUCCAUCUCAUCCAUCUCGAUGGGAACAGAUCUGUGCAUCUGUGUUGUGCUCUGCGCUUACGUGCAGCUCCGCCUUGGGGAUCUCGGCCGCAUACACCGCCCUCUGGCUCUCCGUAAGAUCUGGACGGCCCUCUUCAGCAAGGUCCAUGACUGCAGCUCGCGUCGGGAGGAACGAGGGAAGGCCGCGCCUUGUUGUUGGUGGGUGUCGGCGUAGCCGCUGAAGCUCCUCAGCUGCUCUGCUCUGCUGCGUGAUUUCG